AGGGGAAGAAGUGAGGAAAAAAAGAAAGCAGAAGGAAAGAACGAGAUAAGGAAAGAAGUUGGCAAAGAAGGGACAAAACAGGGGGAAAGCGAAGAAAGGGACAACACAACUGGUGAAAAUUAAAAAAAAAAUUAAAAAAGAAAAAAAAGAAAGAAAGAGGCAGGGGAAAGGAUAGGAUAAAGGAUAAAAGAAGGAUAGGGGGCAAAAGAGGUGACAGGGAAAGGGACAGGGAAACAAGGGUGUAGAGAAAGAAAAGGGGAAGAAAACGGUGAAGCAAAAAGGGGGCAAAGAGCAGGUAAGGAUGGAGGCAAGGAAAGAAGCCGGCAACGAAGGGGCGAGGAAAGAAGCGGGAAGGGAUGCGAGGAGAGGGAUGGAGCAGGCAGCGGGGACAGCGGUCCGGGGGUUCUCCCGCCGCGGAGGAGGAGUCUCCUCCUGCCCCAGCAGGGGCGUCCGGAGGGGCGGCCCCUUCCCGCUCCGUCCGAGAUCUUCGGGAAACGAAACCGCCGCCGCCGCGCCCGCCCUCCCGUGUGCCUCCCCCUCCGGAGCGCCGCGCGUUCCCCAGGUGCCGCCGCCGAGCCGCAGCAUGCAGCAGCCCCUGCCGCCCUACGAGGUGCUGCCGGCCGGCGUGAGCAUGGAGGAGCUGCCCCGCAGCACCACCGUGCUGCUGGACGAGCCGCCGCGCCCGCCCCGCGACCACCUGGUCUGGUCCCUCUGCACCACCCUCUACGGCAACUUCUGCUGCCUCGGCCUGCUGGCCUUCGUCUUCUCCGUCAAGUCCAGGGACCGCAAAGUGCUGGGUGACUACAGCGGGGCACUGAGCUACGCCUCCACGGCCAAGUGGCUGAACAUCACGGCCCUGGUGAUCCACAUCAUCGUCGUCGUCAUCGUCAUCGUCUUGGUGAUCCACAUCAUCGUCGUCAUCAUCGUCAUCGUCAUCAUCGCCCUGGCCGUCUCCGGGGCCCUCACUCACAUGGGACCCCCACCCUCGUACAACCAGAACCCUUUCUCCUUCUCCGGCAACACUUAGUUCCCUCCUUGUCCUGCGGGCUGUGCUUCAUGCCCCACGCCCGCCGGAGGGAUCCCCUCACCCCUCGGAGCCAGGGAGUGCCCUCCUGCCACAAAAACUGCAAACGGACACUCCACAGGCCCCUCCCGGGAGCCUGCUGGUGUCGUGUCCCUCUUCUGUGGAGCCCUUGCUGUUGGCUGUCCUUGCUGGAGGUGUCUGGGGAUGGACGCUGCUGUGAGAGGAGCACAGCAUCCCCAACACCAUCAUAACCUGCUUGCUGCUUUGCUCUGGGUCUGGAGGCCCAACUGCCUCACAGUUAUUCCGAGGAGGAGCACCUGGUUCAGAGAAACACUGAUCUCCAAAAUAAAGGUUUUGUUUCACUUUUG